AAUCUUAAGAAACAACAAAUCUUGAAACUCAGAACUAUGCAGAGAGCGCAUGAGAGAAUCAUGGCGAGAUCGUAAAACAUCUCAUUGGAUCCGAGAAGAAACCAAAGUACCAGAUAUCAUGGAAAUAAUAUGCAAACUCAAAUGGAACUGGGCUGGUUUUUUGGCGAGAAGAACAGACAACCGUUGGACAAUCAGCAUUACGUUCAGGACGCGCCGAGGACAUACAAGGAACCGAGGAAGACCAAGGACGAGAUGAAGGGAGGACUUGGAUGGUUUCCAAAAACUGUCACCAUGUCGCGCAAAAGUGGUCCAGUAGAGAAGAGAAUCAUUUCUAGCCUUUAA